AUUAAUAUUUUUAAACGUAAUUAUAAAUUUUUAUUAAAUUAUUUUUAAACGUAAUUAAAAAAUAAAUUAAAAAAUAGUGGAGGAGAAAGUGAUGAGAGGUUUUUUUUCUCCUCAUUGCUGUGGUGAAAAAAACAUUUGAUGAGAGAAAUUGUAUGGGAGGGGUGAGAAAGUGGGUAGAGAGAGAUUGAGAGGUUUUUUUUUUUCCUCACUGCUGAGAAUGGUCUAAUAAUAAUUGCACCCCGCACCUCAAUUACCCGUUUACCUCUUCACUAAUUCUCGUCGCCGGCGCCUUUUUCUUCCUUAAUUUCCCGGCAUUACACAAUUCAAAGUUGAACACAUCUAAUUUAGAGAGAGAAAAUUUCACCUCUUCUCACCUACCAUUCACUUCCGAUCUCCCAACAACAAACAAGGAAGAAAAAAAUGAUCCGAUUCAUUUUGUUACAGAACAGACAAGGAAAGACGCGUUUGGCAAAGUACUAUGUUCCUCUCGAGGAUUCCGAGAAGCAUAAAGUUGAAUACGAGGUUCAUCGAUUGGUUGUAAAUAGAGACCCAAAAUUCACCAAUUUUGUUGAGUUCCGUACCCACAAGGUUAUCUACAGGCGUUAUGCUGGAUUAUUUUUCUCCAUGUGCGUUGACAUCACUGAUAAUGAGUUAGCAUACCUGGAGUGCAUUCAUCUCUUUGUGGAGAUAUUGGACCACUUUUUCAGCAAUGUUUGUGAGCUGGAUUUAGUCUUCAAUUUUCACAAGGUUUACCUGAUACUUGAUGAGUUUAUCCUUGCUGGAGAGCUUCAGGAAACGAGUAAGAAGGCUAUCAUUGAAAGGAUGGGUGAAUUGGAGAAACUCGAGUGAUUUGAUUUUGCUGUAGAUGAAUAGCCUGCAAGCUGCUCGUUAUGGAUUGAUGAUUGAAAUUAAAUGAGAUUUCACUUGUCCUUGUUAGGGGAACAGAUAUAUACGGCCUGUGUAUAAUAGAUCUUGUGAUCACCAUCACAAUCCAUUUUUUUUACAGUUAACUUUAUGCUUGGCAAUUUUCUGUAUUAAUAAUUGUGUUUUAGUAUCUUUGCCUCUAUGAAUAUACAGUAUAUGGUUUACUCCUCUCUCUUUCUCUCUCCCUCUUUGCGGCAAGUCGAUUCUCAUCUCUUAUCGGAAAGGCGGGGAGUUUAGGAUGUGGUAACAGCUACCAAGAGGACUUGUGUGACAGUGUGAGGUUACUAGCUCUCAUCUUAAGCAAGACUAUGUGUGCAUGUAAAAUUAGAUACAGCAACUGGAGAACAUCGGUUGAAGGGAAGUUAUUACUCCCUUAGUUUUUUAAGUGUUGCACUUCGUUUUUGCCAA